AUGAAUCAUGCUACGAUUUUUAAAUGGAGUAGUUGUCCUGGAGAAUUAAAUAUACCUGAGACACCUGUAUCACAAAUUAAACGACUUCAUAUUUAUGAUUUUGAUAAUACCUUGUAUAAAACUCCAGGUCCAAGCAGGAUUCUUUAUACUAAUAGAACAGUAGGACGCUUAAUGAGUAAUGAAACUUUGACGAAUGGAAGUUGGUGGGAUCAACCUUGUUUCUUAGAGGAAUCAUUUAAGAUGUGUGUAGCAUCAACUAAAGAAAGAUUUUGGAAUGAAAAAAUGAUUUCUUUAGCAAGUUUAUCAUAUAAAGAUCCAGAGACAAUUUCUUUAGUAUUGACAGGAAGAAAACAAGCAUUAUUUGCAGAUUUAAUUGAGAAAAUGUUAGAUGUAACGAGAAAAUUAGCUAAAACUAAAAAAUUGAAUAAAAAUAAUAAUCUUGAUGAUGUUAAUGAGGAUGAAAAUUAUUCUUUAUAUGAAGAAUGGGAAACUGAUCCAAAUUUUUUAAAAUUUAAUGCAAUUUGUUUAAAGAAAAAAUUAGGUAGAAUACCAUCGAUACUACCAACAUUUCAAUAUAAAUCUGAUUUAAUUGCAGAUUUUAUUAGAAAUUAUCCAAAUUUAGAAGAAAUUACAAUUUAUGAUGAUAGAUUACGACAUAUUAAACAAUUUAAAUUAUUUUUCCAGGAUAUGAGACCAAGGCCAAAAUUUCAAUGGUUUGUUAUACCUGUACCGCAAGUAGCAAUAAAUUUAGAUCCAGUAGCAGAAUAUUCUUUAGUACAUAAAGUUAUUAAAGAAUAUAAUGAAUUGAAAACCAUCAAUGAACAAUUUUUAGAAAUUAAAUGGACUCCGAAAUGUACAGGGUUUUUCUUAACAAUGGAAUCGCAAAGAAGAAUAUUAAAACAUGCUUUCCUCGUAUCAAGAAAGAGUAAUUUGAAAAGAAUUUUAAAUCUUUCGGAAUAUCCAAUGUAUAUACCAAUUUGUGAACCAGGUCAAUCAAUUUCAUUAAAUACAAUUGCAGAAAUGUAUGUCAAUGAUGAAAAUGCAGCUACAUCAUUAGAAUUUUUACAAAAAUUUUAUAAUCAAAGAAAAUCUGAAAAUAGGAAAAAUGUAGAAUUUAUCGUGACUCAUUUUUCUUUUAAACCAAUACCAUCUCCAAGAGAAAGAGAAGGCUUAGUAUAUUUUAAAGUAAGACCUAAAAUUAGAUCAACAAAAAUUUCAACAUCCUUUGAAAAAGGUACACCAUUAAUUAUAGCGGGUCAUUUAACAGAAGAACCAUCAGAUAAAUAUAUUCGCUAUGAAUUUACUGAUAAUUAUAUGAGAGAAAAUAAAAUGAUUUGGACACCAUUAAUAAAAACAAUCACAAUAGAUACAACAUUUGGGAAUUAUUCUAAAAUGAGAUUUUAA